UACUGUGGAGAGUCCGUUCUAUUUGUUAUUGUUGGUGAUUUCUGAUAGACAGAGACCGGACAAUGAGACUGAACAUCGCUUUACUGACACUGGUCAUCGUGGCUGUGGCCUUUGCCCAGGACCCAACGUGCGGACUGAACAUGGACGAGAUGAAAUGCGCCGCAGAGGAAGUUUUCCCAAAUUGCCAGGUCACCUCUUUGGAGUGGACUACCUGUGUGUGUCCCCCAACGACCAAGUGUAAGCUGGAAGAUAAUGAUGGGUCCUGCAACUACUUUUGUGAACCAGUCGGGUUUGAAGUCGAAGACAACAAUGCGGGAAUGGGCCCUGGGGAUGGAAUGCGAUGAAUGCCUACGGCCAUGAUGGAAGAGAUUGCACACACCCGUACUUGUCGUGAACGUGCUUGUCUGACAUCAGGUCUUUCUGAACACUGACUCUGCCAACCUGUCAUCAACUCUUUAUCCCACAUUUGCUUAUUCCGAGCAAAGAGAAUAGUUACAUAUUCCAUUUCGACCAAAAACAUAGAUUCACUGAAUUGCUCUAAGGCCAAAUUGACCCAAUGUGGAGGUCAAUCCUGAAAGGUGUAAAUGGCACCAAAUUCUGAACAGCUAUGACCUCUUUGUCAACACUUUAUGUGGUCACUCUCAAUAUUGAUCAUUAAAGUACUUUAUAAUUGUA